GAAUGCAUGCGCGCUCCCGCGGCAGGGGACACACUUUCUGUCGGGGGUAACUACUUUGGCACGACAACACUCCUGCCAGGAUUUCGGACUUCUGGCAGCCCGUUGAACUGUGGCGUGUGACAUCAUCUCAAUUUUUUAUCAGCGGUCACGUGACACCCUGAAACCCGGAAGCUGCGGCGGUUGGCGUCGUGCCUCCUCAGUGCUGUGGAAGCGAAAUGAAAACAGGCAGAUGUGACACUUGAGAUGCUCUCGAGGCGACAUUUUCAGGAAUAAACCAGUGAAACCGAUGUGUCGGGACGCGCUGCUCUCUGGCUCGGCCUCUCAGCGGACUAUGCGGCACCACGGCUACAAAAUCUGUGUUUUGCUGUUGGUUUUGUACUUGUGUGGAUGUUUUUCACAUGUGUCUGCCUGCGACAAUGAGCCAGAGACUCCAGACUGGAGGAUGACCCUGAAAACUAUCCGUAAUGGAAUACACAAGAUUGACACGUACCUGAACGCAGCACUGGACCUGUUUGGGGGCGAUGACGGACUGUGUCAUUACAAAUGUAGCGAUGGGUACAAGCCGAUUCCUCGUCCCGGAUACAAGCCGCCACCACCCAACGGAUGUGGCUCCCCGCUGUUUGGAUUUCAGUUUGAUAUAGGUAUCCCAUCCAUGACCAAAUGUUGUAACCAACAUGACCGCUGCUACGACACCUGUGGCCGCGAGAAACAUGAGUGUGACGACCAGUUCCAGGACUGUCUUGAGACCAUCUGCAGGAAUGUGCAAAGGACUCUGGGAUUGGCUCAGAGCGUUCAAGCAUGUGAGUCAGCGGUGACUCUGCUUUUCGAUGCUGUUAUGCACUUGGGAUGUAAGCCAUAUCUGGACAGUCAGCGAGACUCCUGUGUGUGUCAGUAUGAAAUGAAGAGGGAGCUGUAACGCCGCCACUGGAAGCAGUCUGAGGAUCCAACUCCAGCAGAAACUCAACACUGACCCAAGGUUGCCACCAGUAAACUUUUCUUUUCAGACUUGUAGGUUUUUCUCAGGGAUAGAGCUUCUUUAGCUGGCACUAAUCUGUGUCCUUUGUCCUUUUUGUUAGUGUUUUGAAAUAUACAUGUUUGUACAUUGAAUGGAGAAAUAGACAAUAAAUAUGUAUCUUGUGUAAUUAAUUAUUUAUAUUCUAAUGUGAAUUUUCCCUGAUGGAUCGGUGGUGCAUGAUUCAUGCAUAGUAGUCUUUAAACCAACACUUUAUUCAUGUGUUAAAUCUUUAUAAUAUCCUAGUAAGUUUCCAGUUUAAAAAAAACAAAACACUACUGACUCUGUUCAGCUUGUACAUGUUUAACUGAUUUAUUCUAAUUUAUUAAAAGUCGAACAACCUAAA